AUGCUCGAGUCAACAGUCAAGCAGCUGGCCGGAGCUGAUCGAGAAUCCAAGCUUGACGCCUAUACCAUGGUCGUGCGGGCGUUGCAGGCGUCCAACAAUCUCCCCGACCGUAUCGCCCUUCAGAGCAAAAUGAGCCUCUUCGUCCAGUUCAUUCAACGCGAUAUUGUUGCCAAAACUCCCACCGGAGUCCUCGAUUCUGCCCUGAUCAACAAAGCCUUGACCCUCCUCGACACUUUCCUCUUCUUCCCCGCCAUUGCGUCCACAAUACCCAACGACUUUGGAGUAUUUAUACUCGACCACUUCGUCCGCUCACUCGAGGAACAAUCGACCCCGAAAGACGUGGCUCGACGCCUGAUGCACAUCGUGGCCAUCCAGGACUUCUCUCCGAGGGCCAUGACGUCUGACAGAGUUCGGAGGCUCGUCAAUGCGCUACAUAACAUCGACGGUCAUUUACGAGGCAAAAGCAUCGUCGUCGGCCGCAUGAGAAUCUACCGUCGCCUGAUGACACAGGCGAGGGCUCAUAUGUCCACGCACACCGAUUGGCUGAACGGUGUCUUCACCGACAUGCUGAGCAAUGUGAGGGAUAUCAAGGACUCCGCCAUCCGCCUCGGGACCGAUGCCGCUUUCGUCUUCGGGAAGGAGAAGAUACUAUCCCGCAAGGUCAUGGAACUCUUGGAGACGUCUAUCGAGGAGAUGACGUACAUCGAGUGGUACCAUGACCAGCUUUCCAAAAUGGCCAAGGGCCAGGAGAAGGCAGCCGUCCCCAGGAUAUGGAGUGUCAUUGUUCUGCUGCUCCGACGCCCUCUCGACCGUUGGCGCUUCUCGAAUCGCUGGCUUCAUCUGCUCCAGACCUGCUUCAACUGCAGCGACCCGCAGUGCAACAAGGAGGCUAAUUUUGCCUGGAAUCGCUUCGUUUACACCACCAACCUUGAAGAGCAGUCUUUCAACAAGAGGUUCUCGACACUCUACACACCGCUUGUUAGUCAGCUGAGCAAGCCCAACAUUUCGGACCAAAAGCGCGAAGUCGUGCUCGGGGGCCUCUGCAACUUGUACUAUUACGCUUUCAAGCCGAGCACCAACUCGGCCCAUUUCGACACCUACUGGGAUAUCAGCGUGAAACCGCUUACUGACUCUCUCGUGCCCUCUAAGAAGGGGCCAGAGGCCGUGACAGAGCACUUCCAGCGCCUGACUUGCAUCUUGAUCAGCCUGCUGGAUUCUUCGACCCCAAGGAUUUGGAACGACGAACGGAUCAAAGACAGCCCCGUGGCCAAGCCGGAAGAACUGCCCGCCAUCGACCCCAAGUGGAUCCGGCACAAUGCCUCAAGGGUCUUCCAGGUCGUCAGCCCCAUUCUCGAACGGCAGUUCUGCGACUUGUCAGACAAGAUGAGCCUCACACACCGUCUCUGGAAGACUUUGGUCGGGUCUGUGGUGCUUGCUGCAUCCAAGGAGAUCAAAGUCUCCGUUGACACCGCGACUUUUAUUUCGGAGAUGCUCAGCUUUCUCCUGAAGCAGUGGCAGGCCGGUGUAUCGGAGAACGCGGAGGAGCCGGAGAAGGCUCGUCAGUUCCUGCGCAGCACACAAGAUCUCAUCCUGACGGCCGUGGAAGCACUCGGUCUUCUCCCCUGGACCGGGAAGAUGAUCUCUCUCGGUAGAUUGAGCCACUUCGCUCCCGUGGCGACCCCGUCACACAAGCCAGGCAGGAACUUGGGCGACGUUCGAUCACCUCUACAGCACCUUUUCGGUCUGCUCCUACGACUACCUCCUGGUAUUCCGGACGACGAUCAUUAUCUCGAUUUUGUUCGAUCCGUCUUCUCUCCCUUCUUUACAUCACAAAAGUCCGCCAAAGCACGAUCGGAUCUGGCCAUAGAAAUGCUUCAGACAGUUCCCAACUGGACUCCACCUGUGUCUAGUCACCCGUACGGGCCUUGGGUUUUUGCGUCGGAGAACCUGAUUGCUGGCAUGAACUCUUCGCAAUUGAGCGUUCAGACGACCAGCUCUAGCGGGGACACGGUUCUCGGCCAUGAAUAUCGUGGCAUUAUCAGGUUGCUCGAGAGAGGGUGGAAGGAGACCCCGAAUCUCCCCCUGGAGCAAUGGUAUUCGCUCCAUGCCGCUCUUGCCAGCCGUGCUGUUGGCGAAGUUGGCGAGCCUGGCCUCGCCAUUGGAAUGACCGAACCCGUUGCCAAGAUGGUUAGGGAUGCCCUCCCGGCUGAUCCGUCGGCUGUCAUGUCGCCGAAAUCGCUUCAGGUGGCCAUCGAACUGAUCUCCACGGCCACUCACCCGGCUGACCGCCAUGUAUUGGAGGCUGCCCGGCGCCGCUUGUGGGGGACUGCAGUGACGGGCUCGAGGACUGCGUCCUUCGAUCCGUAUGACCAUCUUUACAAGCUCGUCAACGACAUCCUCCUUCGCCUCUACAACCUUGACCAAGGGGACGACCUCAGCAAGUCCGCGACUCCCUUGUUCAGCGAGAUUGCUAGCUUCCUUUCCCGAUGCAACCCGCAGCUCGUUCUCAAGUCGAUUAAGAAUCUGGAGAGCGGAAUUUUGGUUUGGAUCCAGGAUGAGAGGGGCAUGCUAAGCGGCCGCCGUGACGGCGCCCGCGCUGAAGCUAUCAAGAGGAUUUGGACUACGGCGUGCAAAAUCAUUCUCGAGGGCGAGAAGCCUCAAUUGGAGAAUUACGAGCAGCUUCUCUGUGCUGGUUUCGAGAGCAGGCACAGGCAGAUUGUCAACAUCACCGCCGAAACCUGGAACCGCGUGUUCGAAAACGCGACAGAAUUGCAGUAUCCUGAACAGCUCAAGACAGUCCUGCUCUCGUCCCAGACGCUUCUCGACCUUGUUCUUCCCGGUCUGGAAACAGCGAGUGCUCCAUCGGAUGCUCAUCCCCGCUUCUUUAUCGACUCGCAAGACGAUCUCGGCGUGGCCAACCUCAACUCGUACUCACUGCGACACAAGCCACCUUCUUCUCUCACGCCUGUGCGCUCCCCGUCUCCGGCUGUCAGUCUGUCGUUCCCCGCGAAGCGUCAGCUCGAUGGUACGCCGAAGAAAAGGACCCGCGGAACCACCCGGAACACCCCGACGGCUCGGCUGAAGCACGACGAUUCGCAGCUACAUUUCGUCGCGAUCGAACCAUCACCCUCUGUUGUUGCCAAUCAAGAGUCGCAGGUGCUUACCGAGCGGCAGAAGGAGGUCCGAGAAAGGCAAAAGGACACGGCCGCUCUCUUUACAGAACUGAGAUCUAGUGCAAGACCGUCGUCGACGCAGUCGGGCCGCCGCCGUUCUCCCAGGUCAUCAGCCAAGGAGGGGACUCCUGAGCGCCCUCAAGAGGAAUUCAGGUCGGAACAGGAGGAUUUUGUCGACGCGUUCAGCAGUCCCCAGCGAUCAUCACCCAUCAACAGCACUUCUGGCGUGAAGACCACAGACGAACAGGGUAGCCAAGCCGGAGAUGCGUCGUUCGUUAUGAGCGAGGGUGAUGAACGUAGCAUGCUCAAGCUUGUGGUUGAGCUGGAUUCACGCCGCUGCCCUCUCCCAUUGAGCCAACAUCCGGCCGAGUCCCCUGACAAGGGAGGAGUCGAGGUCAAUGGACCGGUGCUCGACUGCAUAACCGUCGCGACGCCGGACGGAACGCCGCAGCGCCGCAAGUCGCGAUCUCCCUCCAAAAAGGCAUCGUCAGCCUUUGACGUGGCGGAAUCACCAUCGCAUGAAAAGUCCGAGAGGAAGAAACGGAAGCGCCUCUCAUCCAAGUCCGAGCCGCGUCGGAAGAAGCGCAGGUCUGCCAGCUUCGCUGAGGACGCGGACCAAGUCCACGACAGCCAGUCAUCUACCACAACGAACAACGCCGACUCUUCGCAAGGCGACGACGACAUGGCGCCGCUUGAAGGGGCCUCGUCGCCAAGGACCCGUAGCGCCAAGCGCCGCAACACGAGCGAGGAGAAGGACACGGAUACGGAACUGGAGUCGCAGCUCGUGGCGGAGCAGCAAGCCGCCAGCCGCUCGCAGUCUCAGCAGGUCGAGGAUGUCCAUGUCCAGCCCGCCGCCGCCGCCGCCGCCGAACCAUCAGUGGACGACGUGGAGAUGGACACGGACGACUUGCCCCACGGUCAGGCCCUUGCGCCGCACGAAGGCAUCGAGGAACCCCUCAUCACGCCUGCCACGGCAGAGAAGCCUUCCACGCCGGCGGCCAAAGACAUCCCUAUGCUCGGUUCUCUUUCGGACGUCUUGGCCCAGCUGCGGUCCACGGCCCUGUCCCGUGAUGAAGUGUACAAAAUGGAGGAUGUCCUCAUGGACAUCAAACGCGAGCUCUACGAAGCUGAAAGGAGAGGACGCAGCUGA